AUGUCAGCGGAAAAGUUGCUCAAAAACAAGAUAUGGGUGGUUGAAAUUCAAACAAGUUGCUGCUAUCAUAAUUAUAACUUUUACUCAUCUCGCUUGAAAAGAGCUACAAUAAAAGUUUCAAGAAUAAAGAUUCUGAUUAACCUUAGCUGCUAUUUAAGUUUGAGAUUUUUCCAUAUUAGUCUGUGCUACUUAUUAUGUACACCCAAUAAAACUGUUAUGUAUCAACAGAUCUAUAAUUAUGGGCAUCAGCCAGAACAACAUCAAGAAGAUAAAACAUUCAUAAAGCACGAAUCUAUGUUUUUUAAUAAUCAAUCUUCUAGUAAUUCUACACAUAAUACCAUUUCUAAUCCAGUUACUACUACUUCUACUUCUACUACACCUAAUGGCUCAUUUGUUACUCUAAGAUAUGCUUCAUUUGACUCAAAUAGUUUUGAUCAACAACAUAAUCGAACUGAAUCAUUUCACUCUUUUUCUAAUUUGAAUUCACCACAAGAUCUUGUAGCUACAUUAACAAAUACACCCAUCUUUAAUCAACUUGACCUUUCACCUACUUACACUCCACCUCUUUUACCUCCACUUAAUACUACUCCUAUCGUUGUUGCUCCACUUCAACAUCACUUAACUUCCAACCAUCAUACCUAUCUGUUGUCAACCAAAAAACCUCCUCAAAAUACACCCUCUGGAGGAGGCCGUGAAAAACGUUCUCCUUGGACCCCCGAAGAAGAUCAAUUAUUACGUCUUGCUGUUCAAUUGUAUGGCGAUAAAACUGAAAAAUGGGCCAAGAUCGCUGCCUGUGUUCCCGGACGCACCAAUAAAAAUUGCCGUAAGCGUUGGUUUCACUCACUUGAUCCCUCAUUACGAAAGGGAGCGUGGACAGAAGAAGAAGAUCGAUUAUUAAGAGAGGGAGUAUCAAAAUAUCCUAAUCAGCAGUGGAGUAAAAUUGCAGAAAUGUUACCAGGCCGUACUGACGAUCAAUGUGCAAAGAGAUGGCGUGAGAGUUUGGAUCCAUCUAUCGAUCGUUCAGAAUGGACAGAAUGGGAAGAUCGGCUUUUGAUGGAAAAAUAUGAGGAAUAUGGAUCUCAGUGGCAAAAGAUUGCUUGUUUCUUUGAUGGAAGACCAGGCUUACAUUGUAGGAAUCGAUGGCGAAAGCUGCAAAGAAUGGUGCAGACGAAAAAAGAAAAGGCAAACCAACUACAACAACAACAACAGCAGCAGCAACAACAACAACAACAACAACAACAACAACAACAACAACAACAACAACAACAACAACAACAACAACAACAGCAACAGCAACAGCAACAACAGCAACAGCAACAGCAACAACAGCAACAGCAACAACAGCGUAAUGGGACAUCAUCAGCAUCAGCCUCAUCCAAUUUCUUUAAUACAUUAUUUAUUGACCAACAACCAUCCUCUUCAACUAUUCGAUUUCAACAUAGUAAUCCUACAACCUUGGCGCCCAAAAGUAAUUCAGACAUAAUACAACAGGAUAUUAGUCAUUUAUUACCUGAGCAACCGUCUACAGGUAGUGAUACAGCUGUUAAACCGUAUGGCUGUGAUAUUGUAGGCUGUUACUCUGUAUUCGCUUCCUCUUCUGAAUUAUUUUCACACAUGAAAGCGACUCAUCCUAAUAUAGAUGUUGAGAGACCUUAUCGAUGUGCCAUGACCAAUUGUAACAAAAAAUAUAAAAAUAUUAAUGGUCUCCAGUAUCAUAUCAAGGAUGCUAAGGGUAUGACAGGACAUGGACAUUCUUUAACAUUAAUGGGUGAAGAACGACCCUUUCGAUGUCAAAUAGGUGAAUGUAAAAAAGCUUAUCGAACUGCAAGUGGAUUUCGAUAUCAUCAACAAAAUGGACAUUCAUUAAAUUCAAUGCAACAAUAA